UCAAUGUUUGUGUUUAGAUAAAGAGGCCAUGAAACAAAAAUCUCAAAUUCUAAAUGUUCUUGGGUUUACAUAUCGGGAGAGGUAUGAACUGGACCUCGCUGAGGCAUACAUGAGCAUGUGUGUGGAAGUAACGAAACAAGCGUACGGCGACAUACACGAAGAAGUUGUUGAAAGACUUUGUAACUAUGGUAUCAUUCUACAUGAUCUCUGGCAAAAUGAACGCGCUAUUCAAGUAUUAAAGGAGGCUCGAAGAAUGGCCGAGUCACUGGGUAGUGAUCUGCCGAUCUGUGCUCAGGUUUAUAAUUACACUGCUAAAGUAUUUCUAAGAUGGUUCCUUGGCUUAAUCUACACCGAAGGAAUGACAGAAAAAGCCAUUAAUUAUUUAAACAAGUCAAAAAACCUUCACGAAAAAGCCCUGCAAAUUUAUGAAAAUCUUCAAGGCAAGGAGCAUAAGUUUUAUGCUGGGACAUUGAUGACGUACAGCAUGGUACUUCGCCAUCAGGGGGAAAUUGAAACUGCGUUUCAGCACUGUGAAGAAGCCGUGAGCAUUUACCGUUCGUCAGGCCACAUUGCCUGGCCCCGUGCUCUUACUUGGCUGGCAGAUAUUUGCUUUGCUAGAAAAGAGUUCGAUGUUGCAAAACGUUAUCUUGAACAGGCCAUAAAAGGUGAUAAUGAGUUUGGAACCACUAUUAUAAGCCCUGGAGCCUUCCAUCCUCAAGCCCUGCUGGCCGAAGCACUUCUGAAAACUGGUCCUAAAGAAAAUGGAAUACGAAUAUUAAAGGAAUGCAUAGAUGAGUGGAAGAAAAAAGGCAUGCACCCUCAGCAUUACUGGAUAGUAAGGGCUCAAUCUGCCAUUAGUGAUUAUGAGAACCGCGCUUAGUGCAUCCCAUGUGAAGGAGUGUUAGUCCUUGACCGAACUUAAUGCAUCCCAUGUGAAGGAGUGUUAGACAGUGACCGCGCUAAGUGCAUCCUAUGUGAAGGAGUGUUAGACAGUGACCGCGCUAAGUGCAUCCUAUG